CACUUCGCAUAUAACAACAUCAUCACGUGAACUCACUCAAUAGGUUCAGUGUUUCUGACUAUAUUGUUCCCUCUCUGAUUGAAACUCUCCCAAAUAGAGACUGGCCUAACCACCCAUCCAACCACAUCAACGCACUUUGUUUCAUCCCCCUGAUAGAAUUUCUCUUUUUUCUUUUCCUAUCCCAAAAUUGUGUGUUCUUGUUUUGAAUCAUGAAAUAUUCUUACAUGUAUUGUUUGAUUUUCUUGGCCCUUUCCCUCCUCACCGCCUUCACUCCUGCUUCUUCGUCAAAUGGUCUAGAUGGACCGUUCUACGACUCUACUGCCUACACAGAGUGUAGAGCAGAAGCAGAGAAGCCACUAUACAAUGGAGGAAUGCUGAAGGACCAAAAGCCUUCUGUCUCAGGCAGAGACUCUCUCACAGGCAUUGGUGCUCGUUACACACCAACUUACAUAUUGCACAAUCUCACGCACAACACCAUCUAUUGCUUCUCCAUUUGGGUGAAGAUAGAGGCUGGUGCUGCAUCAGCUCGUGUAAGGGCAAGGCUGAGAGCAGACAACGCCACUUUAAACUGCGUCGGUUCUGUAACUGCCAAACAUGGUUGCUGGUCUUUCCUCAAAGGCGGCUUCCUUCUUGAUUCUCCUUCUAACCAAUCCAUCCUCUUCUUUGAGACAUCAAACGACGAUAGCAAGAUCCAAUUACAAGUGGCUAGUGCUUCUCUUCAGCCCUUCACGCAGGAGCAAUGGAGGAACAACCAAGAUUACUUCAUUAAUACCGCGAGAAAACGAGCAGUGACAAUUCACGUGUCCGAAGGAAACGGAGAGCGCGUUGAAGGAGCAGAGGUGACAAUAGAGCAGAUCUCUAAAGACUUCCCCAUUGGAUCUGCCAUCUCCAAAACUAUUCUUGGAAACAUUCCUUACCAAGAAUGGUUCGUCAAGAGAUUCGACGCGACGGUGUUCGAGAACGAGCUGAAAUGGUACGCGACGGAGCCCGAUCAAGGCAAACUCAACUACACAUUGGCUGAUAAGAUGAUGAAUUUCGUCAGAGCCAACAGAAUCAUCGCUCGCGGCCACAACAUCUUCUGGGAGGAUCCCAGAUACAAUCCCAAUUGGGUUCGUAAUCUAACCGGCGAAGAUCUCCGGUCGGCGGUUAACCGGCGAAUCAAGAGUCUAAUGACUCGGUACAGAGGGGAGUUCGUGCACUGGGACGUGAGCAACGAGAUGCUUCACUUCGACUUCUACGAGAGUCGACUGGGGAAUAACGCGUCGUACGGGUUCUUCGCGGCGGCGCGUGAGAUUGACUCGCUGGCGACUCUGUUCUUUAAUGAUUUCAACGUGGUGGAGACUUGCAGCGACGAGAAGUCGACGGUUGACGAAUACAUCGCGAGGGUGAGGGAACUCCAACGGUACGACGGCAUAAGGAUGGACGGAAUCGGUCUCGAGGGUCACUUCACGACGCCGAACGUGGCGCUAAUGAGAGCAAUCCUCGACAAACUCGCGACGCUCCAGCUCCCAAUCUGGCUCACCGAAAUUGAUAUCAGCAGUAGCCUCGACCACCGCACGCAGGCGAUUUAUUUGGAGCAAGUGUUACGUGAAGGAUUUUCGCACCAAUCGGUGAACGGUAUAAUGCUUUGGACCGCACUUCACCCAAACGGUUGUUACCAAAUGUGCCUCACCGACGAUAAAUUCCGGAACCUUCCAGCUGGAGACGUGGUGGAUCAGAAGCUUCUAGAAUGGAAGACUCGUGAGGUUAAGGCUACGACCGACGACCAUGGUUCCUUCAGCUUCUUCGGCUUUUUGGGAGAGUAUAGAGUUGGGAUCAUAUACCAAGGUAAAACGGUUAAUUCGUCUUUCUCGUUAUCUCAAGGCCCUGAGACCAAACAUGUGAGGCUUCAAAUCUAACACCGCGACUCCAUGUUUAAGAUUAUCUCUUAAGAUAUAGAGUAAAUCUUAAUGAGGAAC